AUGCCCUCUAUCGAAAUGACCGAGGACGUGCGGCCAACGCCCUCCCCCAAGACACAAGAUGAGACCCAUAUCGAGAAGAACAGCAGCGAGUAUUUUGAAAAGAUAGAAGAGGGCCCUUCUUCGUACGCCGAGAUUGCGGCGGCCUCUCUUUCACCCUCUCAUCGAGAGUAUCUCCUUCAACGUCAUGGAACCUUGGAUCUAGAUCCCAUCCCAAGCCCGUCGGGUGCAGACCCGUACAACUGGCCUACUUGGAAGAAAUUGGCCAACCUGAUCCUCGUCGCCUUCCACGCCUGCAUGGGAACAUUCACAGCCUCAAUCAUCCCUGCCUAUGAGAGCAUCGCGGAGGACCUUGGGGUAUCAAUGCAGAGGGCAAGCUACCUGACCUCCCUUCAGAUCGCUAUUCUCGGAGGCGCACCUCUGUUCUGGAAGCCAUUAGCCAACCGAUAUGGACGUCGACCCAUAUUCCUUCUAUCAACCAUCCUCAGCAUGGUAUGCAAUGUAGGCUGUGCGAAGAGUACUACCUAUGCCUCUUUGGCCGCAUGUCGAGCCCUUACGGCUUUCUUCAUCUCACCCGCAGCAGCCAUUGGCAGUGCAGUGGUUACAGAGACCUUCUUCAAGAAGGAGAGAGGCCGCUAUCUGGGUGUCUGGACAUUGAUGGUCACCUUGGGUGUUCCAGUUGGUCCUCUGAUCUACGGUUUUAUCACGUAUCGCGUGGGAUACCAUUGGAUCUUCUGGGUCUUGGCUAUCACCAAUGGCGUCCAGUUUAUCCUGUAUCUGUUCCUGGGGCCUGAGACCCGCUACAUCGGUGGCAGUACGGAGGGCAUUUCCGAUUUCAAAGUCCAGUAUUUGUCACUCCGCCGUAUUGAUCCAACACCACUCACACUCUACGAAUUUGUCCACCCUUUGACCAUGGCUGUGCGCCCCAGCGUGAUGAUCCCCGCAUGUGCUUACGCCAUGGUCUUCUUAUUCGGUAGCGUGAUGAUCACAGUGGAGGUUCCCCAGCUUUUGCAAGCGAAGUUUGGACUCAACGCCGAGCAGCUCGGUCUGCAGUUUAUCGGAGUGAUCAUCGGUACCAUUCUAGGCGAGCAGAUUGGAGGAUCCAUGUCCGACUACUGGAUGACUCGGCGUGCACGCAAAGCACAACACAAACCAGAUCCCGAGUUUCGUCUUUGGCUAAGUUAUCCCGGUGUGAUUCUGACGAUUGUUGGUGUCAUUGUUUUCCUGGUCUGCACCCAACAAGCCGCUGCCGACCACUGGGUCGUGUCGCCAAUUGUAGGCACGGCCAUUGCUGCCUUUGGUAACCAGCUUGUGACGACUGUUUUGGUGACCUAUGCGGUGGACUGUUAUCCCGAGGACUCUGGCAGUGUUGGUGUUUUCAUCACCUUUGUUCGUCAAAUGUGGGGAUUCAUUGGUCCAUUCUGGUUCCCUGACAUGUUCGACAACGUUGGUGUUGCGGCUAGCUCGGGCGUGGCGAGUGCAUUGAUGUUUGCUGUCAGCUUCUUGCCUAUCGUUGCCGUCCAUAUGUUUGGGCGGAAAUGGCGCAACUCUUAG